GAAAUUUUUUUUUGAUUCGCCUAAUAAUUUGCCCCUUCUUUUUCAUUUGUUCAUAAAAAAUCUUAAAUUAUCUGAUACAAUAUUUCAUAUAUUAAUAUUUUUUGACGUUCUAACCAAUUAAUGCUCUAAAAUGAGCAUCAGUCAUGGUGGCUACUGAGUAAAGCUUUAGGCCAUUGACCAACGAUUCUAUUGGAGCAAACUUCCGUUGACUUUUUCAAACUAAUGUCUCUGAUGACAGUCCCCAACCUCACAAUCGGAUCUGAUCACCACCUGAUGCCAGUUAUAGGUUUCGGAACCGCCGCAUCUCCACCGCCGGAACCAUUGUUGCUGAAACAGACGGUCCUCGACGCCAUCAAGCUCGGUUAUCGCCACUUCGACACAUCUCCAAGGUAUCUCACGGAGGAGCCUCUCGGCGAAGCUCUAGCUGAGGCGGUUUCUCUCGGCUUGGUCGGAUCUCGAUCCGAACUCUUCGUCACUUCCAAACUCUGGUGCGCCGAUGCUCACGGUGGCCUUGUUGUACCAGCGAUUCAACGGAGUUUAAAAAACCUUAAGCUGGACUAUCUUGAUCUUUACCUGAUUCAUUGGCCGGUUAGUUCGAAACCGGGAAAGUACAAGUUCCCCAUUGAAGAAGAUGAUUUUCUGCCAAUGGAUUAUGAAGCAGUCUGGUCUGAAAUGGAGGAAUGCAAGAGACUUGGGCUUGCAAAGUGUAUAGGAGUGAGCAACUUUUCGUGCAAGAAGCUUCAACACAUCCUUUCUAUCGCCACAAUCCCGCCUUGUGUCAAUCAAGUGGAGAUGAGUCCUGUAUGGCAACAGAAGAAACUAAAGGAGCUUUGUAAGUCGAAGGGCAUUGUUUUGACGGCUUACUCGGUGUUGGGAUCAAGAGGAGCCUUUUGGGGAACUCACAAAAUCAUGGAGUCUGAUGUUCUUAAAGAAAUUGCUGAUGCCAAGGGAAAAACAGUUGCACAGGUGAGUAUGAGAUGGGCGUACGAGGAAGGAGUGAGCAUGGUAGUGAAGAGCUUUACGAAAGAAAGAUUAGAGGAGAAUCUCAAGAUAUUCGAUUGGUCUUUGACUAAGGAAGAGAUGCAUAGAAUCUCCACAGAGAUUCCUCAGUCCAGAAUCGUUGGUGGGGAGGUUUACAUCUCCAAGAAAGGUCCCAUUAAAUCUCUAGAAGAAAUGUGGGAUGGUGAGAUCUAAACCACUCUGUGUGGAAGUGACCCAGUAGAUCUCGUUUUGUAUACGAUUUACUUGUCAUCAUUCUUAUGGUCAUCAUAACUUUCACCGAGACAAUGCCAAACAGAGUUUGGAAAGCUUCCCGCUUGUAUACGAUUGUUGUUUCUGUGUUUUAGACAUUUUAUGGGAUCGUGUAAAGGAUCCGAAGACUUGUUCUUCUAGGUAUUGGCUCAAACUUGAGAAUGUAGUUCGUCAAUAAUAUCUGACCAAUCAGCAGUUGCAAUACUCUCCAUCGUUAAGAACUUGAC